AGGAGAAGCCACACAAUCUCUUUUUCGGCUCUCUCUCUCCCUCCCUCCGUUAUCUCUCUUUAGCCCCCUCGUCUUUUUCCUCCUCUUCUUGCUUUCUAUCUCUGCCAUAGCCAUAGCCACCAAAGAAUAAGAAGGACAAAGAAAAAAGCAUGUAUCUUUCCUGUUUCUUCUUCUAGGGUUUAUACUAAUUAAUGGGAGCUGGGUUCCUGUAGAUCUUGAUGAACUCCAGUUUGUCCUGAAGACAUGGCAAGGGAUUUCUAUUCCUCUGAGGAGAUCUGGUCAUCCAAUAACACACCAGCAAGCAAUAAUCAUCACAAUGAUCACCAACGUGAUCAUCAGGAUCAUGAGAUGGUUAAUCAGAUCCAGGGGUUCCAUGACACGACCAAUCAUCAUCAUCAGAUCUUCGGCUUGAACACAAACACGGGUUUGAUAGACUUCUCCAAGCAACAAAACCACCACCACCACCAUCAUCACCAGAAUGGCAUGGCAAGUGGGGUUGAGGAGGCAAGUGGAGGUGAGAAUCUGCUUCUAGAAGAUUCUUCACCACCCUCCAUGAGAAUCAGCAAUGGUAAUUUCCCAUGUGAAGUGAAUGAAGAGAGAGCACCACCACCAAUAGCAACAAGACCAAGCCAAGGCCUUUCCCUUUCUCUCUCCUCGUCCAACCCUACAAGCAUCAGCCUCCCAUCCUUCGAACUCAGACCACAAACCCAACAGCACGACCAUGUCCUCACCACAAGAGUUGUCGGUUCUUCGAGACAAGGGUAUUUCGGGAAACUCCACCAGAAUCUCCAACAUACCCAGAUGAUGAUGAUGACGAUGAUGAUGAACAACAAUAGCGACAUCAACACUGCUAACCAUCAUCGCCAUCACCACCAUCAACAGCAACAACAUGGACAUAAUCAGUUUCAGAUCGUGAGAUCAAAGUAUCUGGUUCCUGCUCAGGAGCUUCUUAAUGAGUUUUGCAGCCUCGGAACCAAACAAAGUGACGAAGAGACCGUGAUGAUGAAGCAGAAGAUUGAAAAGGGGAAACAACAGUGGGAAAGUAAUAAUAACAACGAUAAUGGUUCUGAUCAUCAUCAUCAUCAUCAUGAAUCUGCAAGUACUUCUUCAAGAAAACAUGUUCCCCCUCUUCACUCGCUCGAGUUCAUGGAACUGCAGAAGAGGAAAGCCAAGUUACUCUCCAUGCUUGAUGAGAUUGACCGGAGAUACCACCACUACCGCGAGCAGAUGAGAGCGGCGGCGGCUGCGUUUGAGGCAGCGGCCGGCGUCGUAGCGGCCGAAACGUACACUGCGUUAGCGGCCAAGGCCAUGUCGAGACAUUUCCGGUGCCUUAGAGACAGCGUGGUCGGACAGAUUCAGGCCACGAAGAAAGCGAUGGGGGAGAGAGAAGAUCCGGGGGCUCCGGGUACGACACGUGGUGAAACGCCGCGUUUGCGUUUGCUGGAUCAGGCGCUUCGGCAGCAGAAAGUGUACCGCCAAAUGAGUUUGGUUGACCCUCAUCCCUGGCGCCCGCAACGCGGUUUGCCUGAACGCGCGGUUUCAAUCCUGAGGGCUUGGCUUUUCGAACACUUUCUUCACCCAUAUCCAAGCGAUGUCGAUAAACACAUCUUAGCUCGCCAAACCGGCCUCUCGAGAAGUCAGGUAUCGAAUUGGUUCAUCAAUGCAAGAGUUAGGCUGUGGAAGCCAAUGAUUGAAGAAAUGUACUCAGAAGAAACACGAGGAGAACGAAACGAGAGCAUCAACCACCAAGAAAACAUUAUGGUCAACCCGGUUUUGACCGACCCUAAACCGGAACUUAACCCAAUUAUGAACCGGGCCGACCCGGGAUCUCUCUCUUCCAUUAUCACAAACCCUAGCUCCAAAACCCACCACCAAGGAACGACGCCGUUCGGGUCAUCGUUUGACUUCUCGUUGUACGGCCACCAGGCUGUGACGUAUGGCGGUGACAGCUCCGAUAUGGGCUUCGAGGAUAGAACACGUGGCGUGUCUUUGACCCUGGGCUUGCAGCGCCACAACGACGGUAACGGAGGUGUGAGUUUAGCCUUCUCUCCGGCGGCUCAGGGGGCCCCACUUUUCUUUAGGGACCACGUUGAGGAUUACCACCAGCAAGGGUCGGUCCAAUAUUCGACCACGCAUUUGGAUGGUGAUGAUGCCCAGAAUUUGCCCUACAGGAAUUUGAUGGGGGCUCAAUUGCUUCAUGACAUUGUUUGAUUAUCAGGUUGAUCGAUUUCAUUAUAUUAGACAAACCGAACCGGUUAUCGAUCGGUUCCAUUAGAUAACCAAAAUUUUAUUUA